CACCAAAAAGCAGCUGAGGUCAAACCCGCCGACACCGCCGUCCUCCUCCGUUCGAGUUACAGAAAUGCUCUGGUCGCUGAAUUUUUCGAAAUUAGACCCUAAAUUCUGUAACUCCAAUGUUUCAUUGCCAGAAUUGCACUUUUCAAUUCCCAUAAACAUACCAGACGUUUUCAAACUCCAUUCUUCUUCCCCUAUAUCUAACCUCCGUACUCCCCAAUUUUCUCUCGGAAACCAAAAAAAGGAAAUCCCCUAAUUCAACCCUUCUCUGAACCUUUACACUCAAAAUUUCCACAAACAAUGGCGGCGAAAUCACUAAAAACAUCUACUUUGAAGGAUUCUAAGCCCAUUUCAUGCACUCUGUUUUGCGAUCGGAACUACAGAACGCCGUCGUUUCCAACCUACCAGCCAUGGCCAGUACUAACCCUUCCGGCACGGUUCAAGAUGUAGCUUCUAAAGGGGAAGUCCCUGAAAGAUACAUCCAUAAAGAAAGCGAUCGAGGAGCUCGAAAUGCUCCGUUAAUGGCAGCUCCUGUAAUCGACAUCGCUCUCCUCUCCUCUUCAUCCAAAUCCGGACCGGAACUGGAGAAACUCCGACAUGGACUUCAAUCAUGGGGCUGCUUUCAGGCUAUAAAUCAUGGAAUGACAAGUGAAUAUCUUGAUGAAGUUCGUCAAUUAACGAAACAAUUCUUUGGUCUUUCAAUGGAAGAGAAAUUAAAAUACUUAAAAGAAGAACAUGAAAUGGAAGGAUAUGGGAACGACAUGAUUCUCUCAAACCAACAAAUUCUUGAUUGGACUGAUCGUUUAUACCUUACUGUAUAUCCGCACCAAAGCCGUCGUUUCAAGUAUUGGCCAACAAAUCCUCAAAGAUUUAGGGAAGUUGUUGGUGAGUACACUACUAAUGUGAAGCUGAUAAGUGAGAAAAUCCUCAAGGCCAUGGCAAGGUCGUUGGAUUUAGAUGAGAGUAGUUUUCUUAGCCAAUACGGCGAGCAAGUUAAACUUGACGCACGGUUCAACUUCUACCCUCGAUGUCGAAAUCCCGAUCUUGUUCUCGGUGUUAAGCCACACGCUGAUGGAUCAGCCAUAACCAUUUUGUUGCAGGAUAAGGAAGUAGAAGGUCUUCAGUUCAUGAAAGACAAUGAGUGGUACAAUGCUCCGAUUGUUACGGACGCUCUUCUCGUCAAUGUGGGGGAUCAAGUAGAGAUCACAAGUAAUGGGAUAUUCAAGAGUCCAGUUCAUAGAGUAUUGACAAACUCAGAGAGGGAGAGGAUAUCCUUGGCAGUGUUUUACCUUCCAGAUUCAGAAAAAGAAAUUGAACCAUUAGAGGAGCUGAUUAAUGAAAGUCAGCCAAGGUUGUACAAGAGUGUGAAGAACUUUGUUGGGCUUUACUUUGAGUACUACCAACAGGGAGAGAGACCAAUGGAGGCUGCAAGAAUCUAAAUUUGUUCUAUGGUGUUUCAGCUCUACCCUCUAUCUCAGUUUUUGAGUAAUGCAUGGGAGGGUAGACUCGAAGUUGGAGGUUGAUAGUUUGAACUUGAAAAUAUUUUUAAGAAUUUGGUGUAGUGUAAUAAUUAAUAAUAGAUUGAGGUUGAUUAAUUAAUUUUGAUUUUGAUUUUGAUUUUGAUUAAUCCGGCAUGGGACUGAAUUGAUUGAAGUUUGAAGGGUUUUCUUUUCUUUUCUUGGAAAAAAGUUAUAUUAUAAACUUGAAUUUAAUUUCUCUAAAUUUGGUUGAGUCCUAAAUCUAGUUUGGUCGUUCAAUUUAAGGUUUUGCUUUGUUUCUCCACAUGGUGUAGAGUUUCUAUUGGGGCACUCAAGAGGGUUUCUUCUCCUUCGGACCAUUUAUUUUAGUUGUGUGCUAAUUAAUUUAUAAAACUAAAAGUGAGUUUAGUUUUCUUUCUUAUUUUAUUACAAAUUUGAGAGUACCAAUAAUGGAAGACAAUUCAAAAUGGACCCCUCUAAGAAAAAUAAAUCACUUCCUCCUCAAUAAUGAAUGCUUUGAAUUGAAAAGACAUAAAAGUGUAAUAAAUCAAAAUCAAAAAGGGUAUUUUAGUCUUUUAAAUCUUUAAUAAAAAGAUAAUAUGAAUACAUAAUCAUACCUCUACAUCAUCAUAAACAAAUGGCACAAAAUUCUCAGAUCCCACAAACACAAACACUCCAACAACAACUUCUCAUCAAUGGCGGCCAUACGCCCGAAAGUUAUAUUUACAAAGGCGGCUACCACGGCGGAGAUUCCAACAAUAAUACUCCACUUCCAUUGGCACAGAUUCCGGUCCUUGACCUUUCUCAACUUUCAUCUGCGUCGGUGGGCGAGGCUCCGCUGAACCACCUCCGGUUGGCUCUUAGUACUUGGGGAUGCUUUCAGGCAACUAAUCACGGUAUUUCAAGUUCAUUUUUGGAGAAAAUGAGAAAAAUAAGUGAGCAAUUUUUCUCAUUGCCCAUUGAAGAGAAGAUGAGAUAUGGAAGAGAAGUGGAUGGAAUGGAAGGAUACGGGAAUGAUUUAAUUUUUUCAAACCAACAAAUUCUAGAUUGGUCCGAUCGUUUAUAUCUCGUGACAAAUCCUAAGGAUGAAAGACGUCUCGAGUUUUGGCCUUUAAAUCCUCCAUCUUUCAGGUCAGUUUAAACUCUAAAUUUCUGUAGAUUUAAAUCAAUUCAACUUUUUUUUAAAAUUAUUUUUCAAAACUAAAAUUAUUUUCCAAAAGUGAAAUUCCUAAUGGAUGAAAAGAUAGAGGACGACAAGUAAAUGAAAAUGGUUCAAAUUUUUAAUAAAAAAAGUUGCUGAUAUCUAUUUUUUAAUUUAUACAAUCAACGAUGAUCCCUUUCAUUUUAAUAUAUGAACUUACCCAUGUGAUGUGAUUCCAUUAACAAUUUUUAGUUCAAAUUCUGCCAUGUGAUUUCUUUAACGAUUUUAGAUUGAGAUCCUGUAAUUCCAUCAAUGAUUUUAAAUUGAGAUUCUACCUGUAAUUCUAUUCAUGAUAUCUAUUUUUUAAUUUAUACAUGUAAUUCUAUUCAUGAAAUAUAUCGGCCCUCAAAACAUUAACCCUAAAACUAUGCAAUAACACAUUAUAUAUCAGCAUGUGAUGGAUAUUUUAAUCCUUUUCAAUAACCCAAAAACAAAUAGAUAGGAAUUAUUAUUGAGUGAUUACCCUUAUUCAAGCAAGGAAGAUCUACAUGAGUAUACAGUAAAAUUAAUGAAAAUAAUCGACACAGUGCUGAUAGCCAUGGCAAGAUCCCUAAACGUGGAGCCCAAUAGCUUUACCGAUCAAGUAGGAAAGCGACCAACUUUAUUCAAAAGGUUCAAUUUCUAUCCGCCGUGUUCGACACCACAUCUUGUUCUUGGACUCAAAGAACACUCCGAUGGCACAGCUAUCACCGUUCUUCUACUCGACAAACAAGUUGAAGGCCUCGAAUUGCGAAAAGAUGAUCAGUGGUAUAGAGUCCCUGUUCCUGCCGUUGCUGAUUCUCUUCUCAUCAUCAUUGGGGAACAAGCCGAAAUCAUGAGUAAUGGAAUCUUCAAGAGCCUUAUUCAUCGGGCGGUGACGAAUUCAGAGAGACAGAGGAUUUCAGUGGUGUCUUUCUGCUGCCCAGAAAAAGAUAUAGAGAUCAAGCCAAUCGAGGGGCUGAUCGACGAGAAGAGACCGAGAUUGUUCAGAAGUACGAAGAACUAUUUGCAAACAUAUUUCCAGAACUACCAAAAGGGAGAGAGAUCAGUAGAUGGAUUGAGGAUUUAGAGUGCCCAUGUUGUUGUGUGUUUCAUGGUGUUUGUAAGAAGGAACAUAUAACUUAUUUCAUGGUGAUUCUUGAGCUUUUACUACCACAUUAGAAUAAAAGUAUGAAACUGAAAA